AGCUUCUCAGAAAAUGUGGCUGUGAGGAGAAAUAAAAGAGUAGCAGAAUAAAAUGACUGUAUUACUGACUGCUUUAAUUAUAGCCGACCAUAUGGUGGAAAAUAACAAAUAUGGAGAAAGAAGACAGUCGCAACAUUAUCCUCCAUCUCUCAGUCUGGAUCCUCAGCUCCUCCCCCAUGCGUGCGGGGAUUCAUUUGAUCAAAUCCCUCAACUUGGACCACUUAAGCUCAGCCGCACUUUUUACAACACUGCAUUUGGGCAACGCCACAACUUGCGCAGCAGUUCCUCUUCUACAGUCGAACGACAAUUAACACCCCGGAAAGGCAGAGAGAGGAGUGGGUAAAAAGGGACUUCUUGCAUCCACAGCAUCCUUCUCUGCCACCAGCAAUGGAAACGGGGGUCACAUUUUGCCCAAAGUGGCACAGUGCGCUUUCUUUCUUGCUUUUGAUGAUUCUCUGUUUUCUUCACGCUACCGAAGCCGAGAUAACUUGCAGGUCAUGCCAGCCUGGAAAUAAGUGGCGUGCACGGGAAUUAUUGCUGAAAUUCGACACAAGUGAAUCCUCAGCAGGGCUGAAGGGAGAAGUUUUUGGACACGGAGACGGGGCAGAGAGAGACCUGGCUGCAAGUGCCGAAAGUCAUCGGCUCUGUUGUGCAGCUGGGUCCGCUGAAAGGGCUCCAGACCGGGCGGAACACACGGAGCCAAGACUGAAACGGAAUACGGGCGACCUGCGCGCCAAAGAUGACACUGGUGAGAGCGGGUUCGCAAACAUUCAAGUUUCAUAUGUCAAAACGAGUGGUCAGCACAGGAGUAGCGACGGUGCCGAUUUUACCUCUGUCACCCGAUAUAAAAAGCGCAUUAGGAGAAACAGUGCUGAUGAUAAAUUCAGAUCCCCCGGUGCAUCCCAAAGUCAGGACCCGGGAGAGAGCACCGGCUCGGCGGCUGGACGCAGAGUGACGCGCUCUGAAUUGCGCUGGAGCGGAGAGGAGCGGAGAGGCAGCGGUCUGAGGCAGGAGGAGCUAAAACUUAAUAGUUCGACGUUCGCCCUGACCGGGGAUUCAUCUCACAAUCAGGCCAUGGUGCACUGGUCCGGCCAGAACAGCAGUGUGAUUUUGAUGCUGACCAAACUAUUUGACUUCAACCUCAACAGUGUGACUGAGAGUUCAUUAUGGAGGUCAACCGACUAUGGUGCAACGUACCAGAAGCUGAAUGACAAAGUUGGAGCAAAGACAAUACUCAGUUAUUUGUACGUGAGCCCUAACAACAAGAGAAAGAUCAUGCUGCUAACUGAUCCAGAGGUGGAGAGCAGUCUCUUGAUCAGCUCUGAUGAAGGAGCAACCUACCAGAAGUACCGGCUGAACUUCUAUAUCCUCAGCCUGCUCUUCCACCCUGAGCAAGAAGACUGGAUUCUGGCCUACAGCCACGACCAAAAGCUCUACAGCUCAGUGGAGUUUGGGAGGAGGUGGCAACUGGUACAUGAGAGAGUGGCUCCAAAUCGUUUCUAUUGGUCGAAAAUGGGUUUGGACAAAGAGCCGGGCUUAAUUCACCUGGAAACCAGCAUCUCUGAAGGACAGGCACUGUAUGUCACCUGCAAGCUGCAGAACUGCACAGAUGCCAACAAGGGCAAACCAUUCCCCGGCUACAUUGACCCCAAUUCUCUGGUGGUGCAAGAUGAGUAUGUGUUUGUCCAGGUAUCAACUGCAGGGAGACCAAUCUACUAUGUGUCUGCUAAAAGAGACGUCUUUACCCCUAUGAAGCUGCCCAAGUACACCCUGCCCAAGGACCUGCAUGUGAUCAGUACGGAUGAAAACCGCGUAGUGGCAGCCGUACAGGAGUGGAACCAGAACGAAACCUACAACCUGUAUGUGUCAGACACAUCAGGGGUCUUCUACACUCUGGCUCUGGAGAACGUGGUCAGCAGCAUGGGCCCUGAGGGCAACGUCAUGGUUGAUCUCUAUGAGGUAGCAGGAAUAAAAGGGAUGUUCCUAGCCAACAAAAAGACAGAUAACCAAGUAAAGACGCACAUCACCUACAACAGAGGCAGAGACUGGAGGUUGCUGCAGGCCCCGAGCAAAGACCUGAGGGGCAACAGCAUUUACUGUGUGUUGCCAUACUGUUCAUUACAUCUCCAUCUCCAUGUGUCUGCAAAUCCCUACACAUCUGGAAACAUAGCCAGCAGGGAUUCGGCACCGGGGAUCAUUGUCGCAUCAGGCUCAAUCGGCUCAGAGCUGACCACCAGCAAUGUCAGUGUGUAUAUCACUUCAGAUGCAGGAAACACAUGGAGACAGAUCUUUGAUGAGGAGUAUGCAGUGCUCUAUCUCGACCAAGGAGGCGCCUUAGUUGCAAUAAGACACACUCCACUUCCCAUCCGACACCUGUGGUUGAGCUUUGACGAAGGACGGCAGUGGAACAAGUACAGCUUCACUAACACGCCUCUGUUCGUGGAUGGCGUGCUGGGAGAGCCCGGGGAAGAGACUCUCAUCAUGACGAUAUUUGGUCAUGUCAGUCAUCGGUCAGAGUGGCAGCUGGUGAAAAUAGACUUCAGGUCCAUCUUCAACAGGAGGUGUACAGAGGCGGAUUAUCAGACGUGGCACCUGCACAACCAGGGUGAGCCGUGCCUCAUGGGAGUGAAAAGAAUCUACCGGAAACUGAAGCCCACGUCCAGGUGCGUCAUGGGAAAGACAUACUCUGUGUCCAUGACGUCGGGCCCCUGUGACUGCACAGAGGCUGACUUUGAGUGUGAUUAUGGCUAUGAGAGACGGUCUGACGGCAAGUGUGCCCCUGCCUUUUGGUUCCAUCCGUCAUCGAUGUCCAGGAGUUGCACCACAGGGAUGACUUUCCUCAACAGCACUGGCUACAGGAAAGUAGUCUCUAAUAACUGUACAGCUGGAGUGAGUGUGGAGUACACAGCCAGGAGGCAGCAGUGUCCCAUCCAAGCACCCAAAGGUCUCCACCUGGUCACCAGUGAGGGCACGCUGACAGCGACAUUAGGCACCAAUGUCACCUUCCUUGUUUUUCUGGAGGAGGGUGAUGGAGCGAGGACGAGUAUCACGCUGGACUUUGGAGACGGCCAUGCUCUGACAUACUCCAAUGUGAGCUCCAUUGAGGAUGGGAUCAAACAUAUCUACAAAUCUGUGGGAAUCUACCGAGUGACUGCCACCGGGGAGAACAAGCUCGGUUCAGAGACUGCCAUGCUCUACCUGCAUGUAACAUGUCAGCUGGAGUAUAUCCAUCUCUCAGCUCCAUUUGUGGCGGUGAGGAAUAAGGAAGUGAACCUGACUGCUGUUCUGUGGCCCAGCCAAGUGGGAACGGUCACCUACAUCUGGUGGAUCGGAAAUAACACAGAGCCAGUAAUCACCCUAGAGGGAAGUAUAGCAUGCACAUUCUCCCGGGAAGGCAUCAAUACAGUCACUGUGCAGGUGUCUGCAGGGAAUACUAUUCUGCAGGACAGAAAAACCAUUGCUGUCCAUGAAUAUUUCCAAUCUCAUCUGCUUGCCUUUUCAUCAAACCUUGAUGACCACAACCCUGAUGUUGCCGAAUGGAGGCUGGAUGUGAGCCGAGUUAUCAAGAAUUCUCUGAUCCAGGCUACAGGUGUGAGAGAGGAUCAGCUUCUGGUCACUGUUCUCCCAGGUCUACCCACUGCUGCAGAGUUUUUCCUCCUACCUGACAAGCAGUUAACUGAGGGGAAACCAGAGAAGAGCUCUGCUCAUUUAGAUCAGCUCUCUGAGGUUUUGCUCAGCGCCUUGAAUCAAAACCUUGUCCAGUUCACACUGCGGCCAGGGGUCCAAGUGACUGUUUAUGCAGCACACCUAUCAGCAGCGCCCCUAGUGGACACCAGCGAGAACCACAGUGGCUCUGCCAUGCUAAUGCUGUUAUCAGUUGUGGUUGUGGGUUUAGCUGUAUUUGUCAUCUACAAAUUCAAGAGGAAGAUCCCAGGCCUCAACGUCUAUGCGCAGAUGCAGAAUGAAAAAGAACAAGAAAUGAUGAGUCCAGCUAAUCCAACAGAGGCCACGCCCAGCUCACAGCGGGACUUGGUGCAUUCUUUGGAGAUUCUGGACACAGAGUUUAACUCACGGCCCAUCGGAUGUAUGAAACCUCAUGUACAUGUGAAAUUCUCCACAGAACUCCCCACAUACAUCGUCUGAACUCUGGACUGGAUUACCACUCCAGCUGUGUCAUGGAUAUUUUUUUACCAUUUGGGACACAAUGGUUUUGAGCUUUAUACCUGUGCAUGCUGGACCCUGCUGACACAUACUGUGCUCUGUUCAAACCAGAAGAAACUGUGUACAGGUUUUCUUUUAACAUCAUGUCUGAUACAUUAAACAUUUAAAAAAUUUCAUUUAUUUAAACAAGUCAGAUACAUAAUCCAGAAGGGAUGCCAGCAUGAACUAGCGAAGGGAAAAUUGUCAUAAGCAACAAUGUUUUGACUUUGCUUAUAUAGAUAAGAUUGGUUUGCUGUUCUAUGAAGCAAACAGCAGUAGUGUAUUAUUUAUUCAUAUAAAUAUACUUUUAUGAAGUAUGUUAUUGAAGUGAAUUACACAUUUAUUUUGUAAGUCAUAAAUGUCUAUGUUAGAAAUGUGUAUUUUAAUAACAUGUCAUACUAAACAUAAAUGCUGUUAUA